UAGUAAUCCCCGGGAUCGGAUCGGGAUGGCGGAGUCCAGACCUUUCCCUAUGCUCCAGCCCCACCCCUCCGUGCCCACAUUUCAGUGCAGAAAAUGGUGGUCUGGGAGGCAAGGUGGGGAGGUGACGUGAGGCCCCCCUGGGAGGGAAGCACAGGCACUUGGAAACAGUUUCUAAGUAAUGCUUCGAUUCCACUUUCCACCUGAAAAGAAAUGACGAGCUUUGUGGGUAGAAGAGGUCACAGCGGGUCACCUCCAGGAGAGAACGACUAGGAGGAGCACACAGCCCGGAGAGGUCCAGAAUAACUGCUUGAAGAAGAAAAUUCCCAACAUGGAAAAAUCAUCCAAAGAAAAUGAAGAACAGCCACAGAGUGCGCCAAAGACCGAUGAGGAGCGGCCUCCAGAGGAGCACUAUCCCGGAAAGCAGUCACCUGACGAGCAGUCCUCAGAGGAGCAGUCCUCUGAGGAGGAGUUCUUUCCAGAGGAGCUCCUUCCUGAGCUCCUGCCUGAGAUGCUCCUUUCAGAGGAGCGCCCCCCGCAGGAGCGCCUUUCCAGGAAGGAUUUGUUUGAGCAGCGCCCUCCGAUGGAGCAGCCUCCCUGUGGAGUGGGAAAACAUAAGCUAGAAGAAGGAAGCUUUAAGGAGAGGCUGGCUCGUUUUCGCCCGCAAUUUAGAGGGGACAUACAUGGCAGAAAUUUAAGCAAUGAAGAGAUGAUACAGGCAGCAGAUGAUCUAGAAGAGAUGAAAAGAGUAAGAAAUAAAUUGAUGAUAAUGCAUUGGAAGGCAAAACGGAGCCGCCCUUACCCUAUUUAAUCUGUUCGGCCUUCAAUUCUGUUUUGUCUGCUAAUUUUAUUGCCACCUGAGCUUUCUGUUUGCAUUUUUCUAUAUGCGUUUUCCCAGCUGCUUAAUUUUAACUUUUUGUGUGGCUUUAUUUCAGGUGAUUGGCUCUUAAUUGUCAUAAAAUUUUGGUUUUUUUACCCCCUACGGUCUGCAGUCUCCCUCUUUCAAUCGGGAGUCCCAGCCAUUUGGAUAGAGAGAUGUAAAUUAUACGUUGUGAAGUGAAAAAAAAAAAAAAAAAAAAAAACACCAUUUUCAAAUGGUAUAUAGUAUACGUUUUGUAAUAAAUAAUUACAUAUAUUAAUAUACAGAGAAAAAACUAAAAGUAUUUACUUUUAAGGGUUAAUAGUAGCUAUCUGUGUGGUAAAAUAAUAGGUGAUUUUAAAAAAUUUUUGCUUUAGCUGAAUUUCUCAUUUUGUCAAGAUGAACACACUUUCCUUGGGUUACAAAUAAACCCAAUAUAAUGAAAAGAUGUGAAGCAAUUUUGAAAACAACUGUCAGCUUAUUAUAAAGACAGUGUGGCACUUAAUAAAUACUCAU